AUGCUUGAGAAAUUCGACAUCGACUACGUAGUGUUGGAGGCUUACCCCGACAUCGCACCUCAAGUCGGCGCCAGUAUUGGUCUGUUGCCAAACGGUCUCCGAAUCCUGGACCAGCUUGGCUGUUACGAAGCGUAUCGAGCAAAGGCUGAGGAUCAAGUCUACCAACAAGCGUACCUGAGAGAGGCCUCAGGCAAGGCGUAUGGCUACCAACACGAUCUCAUGGAAAUGUGGGAGAAGAUACAGAUGCUCAUCCAGGUUCUCUACUCUAACCUAAAGCACAAAGAAAGAGUUCUCACCUCCAAGCGAGCCGUUUCUGUCGACAUCAUGGAAUCCUCUGCCCACGUUACAACGAAGGAUGGCCAAGUCUUCAGUGGUGACAUCGUCGUGGGAGCCGAUGGCAUCCACAGCACUGUGAGGAAGGAGAUGUGGCGCAAUGCUCCUCCUGGCUACUUUCCCCAUGACGAAUACUCCAAAGUUCCCGCUACAACUCUUUGCAUUUUUGGAAUCUCCCAUCGACCCGAGGCCUACCCCGCGGCUAGCCAGCACAACACCCUUUCCGAGGGUCACAGCUACUUUCUCAUGGCGGCUCCCGGCAACAGAGUGUACUGGUUCCUGUUCAUGGAGUUGAAGGAGACGCUUUACGGAGAAAAUAUUCCCAGGUACACCAAAGACGAUGAGGCAAGAAUUAUGGAACAACACGUGAACGACCGUAUCCUGGAGAACAUGACCUUCGGAGAAUUGUACGAGAAGCGCAUCGUAACUACUUUGGCACCACUCCAAACUUAUGUGUUUGAGAAGUGGCACUACAAGAGACUUGUCACCAUCGGAGACUCUGCUCAUAAGGUCGAUCCGGUAACAGGUCAGGGAGGAAACGGAGCCAUCGAGUCAGGGGCACUUCUAGUCAACGCUCUGCUCCAAAAGUUUGACGCGAGUCCUGAAGGUCUCAGCGAGAAACAAGUAGAAGAUGUGCUGGCAGAGAUACACGCCAUCAGAUUUGAACGGGCUCAAGAUGUUGUCCAGCAAGGCUACUGGCUCCAAAAUGCUUUCACUCAGCGGUCAACGAUGGGAAAACUCAUUGCCCGAUACUUCAUGCCAGCCCUUGGGUCUUUCGGAGUUCUUUACAGAGGUGUGGAGUUUUGCUCUCCUGCGACCAGCUUGCAUAGACUUGAGAUUCCUCAUCGUCCUCGGGCUGUCCCAUUUGAAGACGAGCUACCCGCAAGACCAGUGAAGAAUUUGAGCAAGAUCAAUAAGCUAGCAUCUGUCGCUGUCACCGCCCUUCUUUGCGCCCUGGCUGCCGGCCUGAUACGCUUGCCUAAGAGCCUUGAGCUGGCUAUUGACGCUCUAUGCUCGAUGGAUGUUGCGAGAGCGUCAGUCUUACCGGCCGUGACGUUUCUUGUCAACACAGCCUCGCUCCUGGCAAUGGCGCUAGUUGAAUCCAACCGAGUUGGCAACAAAAUUACUUCUUGGAUCCAGUAA